AUGGAAGCCCGUGUCAACCAAGCCAAGAAACAACUUCUCGAAGCCGGCAGAAAGGCCCAAGAGUGCAAAGACAAAGCAAAACGUGACUUUGAGACAGACAAGAUCAAAGAUGAAAACCAAGCAUUUCAACAAUGGGCCGUCAUGAACUAUCCUCAACUCGAUGCUAUGUAUCAAGAGUAUGACGCAGCGCAAGGCGCUUAUACCGGAGUCUUACAGGCUCACAGUGCAAGUGAGGCGAUGGAGUGGCAGAAAGAGAAGAAUCGUGUGCAUAUGGAGAAGAUGCAUAGUGAUGAUCAGUUCGAGAAGGUGUUUAUAAUUAUUCUCCCCGAGGACUAA